AUGACAAACGCGAUAUGUCGAUGGCAACGUGCCUAUGAAAGGCGCCCACAGUGUUGCACGUUGCCGGUGGCCACUUCUGGCCUCUGGCACCUCAGGCAUGAACUGAGAAAGCUUCGCACACUUCUCAAGAUUUCUGCCUCUUUUGCGCUCGCUUUUCCAGUCCAGCAGCGCGGCGUUUUCGAACCCAUAACGAGCCAUCACGAGGCUUCGGUUUCUCAGCAGUUACGACUCCGAGCUACCCAUACUUUGGCUUCGCCCCUUCUUCAAUUUCUAGGAUUCAAACAACUAGAGAACUUGACCCUAGCACGGCUUUGA